UUCUGGGAUUGGCAUCAAAAUGCUAAUUUAAAAGGUCGAGCGAAGCUGAGAGGCUCACGUUUUCCCUGCCUCUGCUCUCUGCCAGAAGAACAAAGACGCAGCCAGAGAGAGCAGAGGCUGAAACUCAUCCCAAAUCUGUUUUCCUGAGAUCAUUUUGGAACCAUGCCUGAAAUGCCGGAGAACAUGGAGCAGGAGGAAGUUAACAUCCCCAAUAGACGGGUUCUGAUUACUGGUGCCACUGGGCUUCUUGGCAGAGCUGUGUACAAAGAAUUUCAGCAGAACAACUGGCAUGCCGUUGGCUGUGGUUUUAGAAGAGCAAGACCAAAAUUUGAACAUGUUAAUCUUUUGGAUUCUAAUGCAGUUCAUCAAAUCAUUUAUGAUUUUCAGCCCCAUGUGAUAGUACAUUGUGCAGCAGAGAGAAGACCAGAUGUUGUAGAAAAUCAGCCAGAUGCUGCUGCUCAACUUAAUGUGGAUGCUUCUGGGAAUUUAGCAAAGGAAGCAGCUGCAAUUGGAGCAUUUCUAAUCUAUAUUAGCUCAGAUUAUGUAUUUGAUGGAACAAAUCCUCCAUAUAGAGAGGAAGACAUACCAUGUCCCCUAAAUCUGUAUGGCAAAACAAAAUUAGAAGGAGAAAAGGCUGUCCUGGAGAACAAUUUAGGAGCUGCUGUUCUGAGAAUUCCUGUUCUGUAUGGAGAAGUUGAAAAGCUUGAAGAAAGUGCUGUGACUGUUAUGUUUGAUAAAGUGCAGUUCAGCAACAAGUCAGCGAACAUGGACCACUGGCAGCAGAGGUUCCCCACGCAUGUCAAAGACGUAGCCACCGUGUGCCGUCAGUUAGCAGAGAAGAGAAUGCUGGAUCCAUCAAUUAAGGGAACCUUUCACUGGUCUGGCAAUGAACAGAUGACGAAGUAUGAAAUGGCGUGUGCAAUUGCAGAUGCCUUCAAUCUCCCCAUCAGUCACUUAAGACCAAUAACUGACAGUCCUGUGUUAGGAGCACAACGUCCAAGAAAUGCUCAGCUUGACUGCUCCAAAUUGGAGACCUUGGGCAUUGGCCAGAGAACACCAUUUCGAAUUGGAAUCAAAGAAUCGCUCUGGCCUUUCCUCAUUGAUAAGAGAUGGAGACAAACGGUCUUUCACUAGUGUGCAUGUGUUGUCCUUUUUUUUUUUUUUUUUUUUUUUUAAAUGAUAGAGUAUGUGGCACUUUUUAAAGAAAAAAGAAAAUAGUUUUGUAUGAGUGCUCUUUAAUUGUGACUUAACGAUCUUUCAGGUAAAUGAUGUUCUUGCACUAGUGAAAUUAUGUAAAGAACUAAGGUCAGUAAUGCCUUGUUUGAAGUAAUAAUGUUUGUUUUCCUCAUUUUGUUUGUCCUGGCUUACCUUGCUGUUUGAGUAUAGUAGAUUAUGAUUCUUCAAUAUUUGAGAGCCAGGAUGAAACCGAUCUGCUGUAGACUUUUGCGAGGGAGGGAAUGAAAUGCAUUGUUCAUUCCUCUAACCUCUACAGUUUCAGGACUAUUGCAACUUUGACCCUUUUCUGUUUUAAAAGUGUUAAAUAGUAUGAAAAUCAUUGUUGUUCAUUGUUUGCUUUGCUUGAGCCCAGAUCAAAAUGUUUGAAGAAAGAAACUUUAUUUUUGCAACUUCAGUACAGUUUUUAUGCUUGAUACAUGUCCACAUGUUGUGUAUAUUGGCACUCCUGCCGCUCGAUGCCUCCUGCUUUUGUAGCAGCGUAUGGUGAACACUUGAGAAUAUGUGUGUUUGUGUCUGUAAUUUUUAAAUACAUAUAAAACUGUCCUUUUCACUCCAUGUCACUAAGUGAUAUUUCAUAUGUGCGAUUAUACUAAUAAUAAUGGGCCUUGUCUUUUGACCGUUCAUGAAUAAUAAUAAAUAAGUACUGCUGGCAUGGUAAUGCUUAGUUUUCUUAUAGUUCCUUUUUUUAAAUUUAAGAACCAGCCAUCUAAACUUAGUGUUAUUUUGUUGCUUUCAUUUUUAAAAAUUAUAUUCUUACCAUGUAAUAUCUGAUGCAUCCAAGAGAAUAUAUAGUUAAUCUGUUGAGACAUAAAACAGGGUAAAAAGGAAUAGGAUGAACCCACCACUUGAGAUCUAGAAUGUUACAGAUACUGUAUCUACUUGUGUCAUUUGUUUUUUGUUUUUUGUUUUUUUUAACUAAAAUGAGUGUAAUCUUGUUACACAUUUACACUGAAUGUUCCCUCUGAAGAAUGUAGAAUGAUGAAUGUGCUAUCUGUACCCAGUAAUGCUCAGGUGACCUUACCUCAACAAUCUCUUUGGUCCCCAGGAAGGAAGUGGAAAAGGUAGACGGCUGGUACGACUUGGCUUCUGUUCAGAGGUCAGUGAAGACCCUGCUUUCAGAUUUUCUGAUUGUACUUGUUGGGUAUUCUUUCCCUAGAUCAUGAUCUUCCUUUCUCAUUGGAUAAAAAGUCCUAAUGUACUUAGAAUUGGGGGUUUAGA